CUCCAUCCCUCUCCUCCUCUGUCACAGCUGUAGAUGUCUGCUCUUCUUCUCCUGGGUUUUUGUGCUAAUUCUGUGAGUCCUGGGGGGUUGUUUGCUGGAGAGAAGCUCACAGAGAGCCAAGGCUCAGAGCAUCUCAGGGACCAGAUCAGCAGCUCCCUAUGACCAGGGCGGAUGGGAUGUGACCAGCUGGAUUCUGGAUACAGUGGAUGGAGCCUCACACAGUAUAAAAGCAUAAAGUUGCCGCAGAUCCGAGAGAGACGUCCGACCCCACAAAGUGAGGAUGAAGUUGCUAUGGAAACUACUGGCGCUUCGCUGGUUCGUGUGUCUUGCAGAUGAGGUGGCUCUGCAGGGUCCAGUCUUCACUCAGGAGCCAGGAAAUCUUGUCUUUCCCUUGGAUUCCGAGGACCGGACAUUGAGGCUUGUCUGUGAGGUGCAUGGUCACCCUAAGCCUGUCACACGGUGGAGAGUGAACGGGACACUUCUAGAUGAAGCGCAAGAUUACCGUUACCGAGUGCAGGACAGAAAUUUAAUUAUCAGUACCCCGGAUCGGGUGCGGGAUGUCGGUACCUUUCAAUGUGAAGCUACCAACUCCAUUGGGACCAUCCUCAGCCGGGAGGCAUUCCUGCAGUUUGCAUAUCUCGAUUCAUUCCAGACCAGGCCCCGCAGUACGGUGUAUGUACGAGAGGGACAGGGGAUGGUGCUGCUAUGUGGGCCGCCUGCUCAUUCUGGAGAGCUGGUCUAUGCCUGGAUCUUUAAUGAGUACCCACCAUUCGUGCAGCAAGACAACCGCAGAUUUGUAUCCCAGGUCACCGGAAAUCUAUAUAUCGCCAAAGUAGAACCUCCUGAUGCCGGAAAUUACACCUGUGUGGUGACAAACACAGUGACAAACACGCGAGAGCUGGGGCCCAGCACACCGCUCACACUCCGAACAGACGGAGUUAUGGGAGAAUAUGAGCCAAAAAUUGAGGUUCAUUUUCCUGAAUCUGUGGCCGCAGCAAAGGGCUCCACCGUCAAGCUGGAGUGUUUUGCACUGGGAAAUCCAGUCCCAACAAUCACCUGGAGGAGGGCGGACGGUAAAGCCAUAUCGCGCAAAGUGCGACGCCAUCGAUCCAGUGGAGUAUUGGAAAUUCCUAACUUUCAGCAGGAAGAUGCCGGUCCCUAUGAAUGUGUGGCGGAGAAUACGCGGGGGAAGAACAUGGUGCGAGGGCAGCUCACAUACUUUGCUCCUCCUGCCUGGAUCCAAAAAAUUAAUGAUGCUCAUAUAGCAAUUGAAGAAAACAUAUUAUUAGAAUGUAAAGCCAGUGGGAGACCAAAGCCGACGUAUACCUGGCUGAAAAACGGACAACGCCUGCAGAGCAAGGGCCGUCUCCAGAUUGAGCAUGGGAGUCUCACCAUCACCUCGGUGAACAGCUCCGACUCAGGAAUGUAUCAGUGCUUGGCAGAAAACAAACAUGGGACCAUAUACUCCACUGCUGAACUGCGGGUGAUCGCGGUGGGUCCAGACUUUUCUUCAGCCUUUGUUAGAAGAGUGACCUUGGGAAAAGUUGGGGGCUUUGUCCUGAUUGAGUGUAAACCUAGAGCUUCUCCUAAGCCCUCCAUCAGCUGGAAAAAAGGAAGGGACUUGGUGCGACCGAACUCUAGAAUUUCAAUUCUGGAUGAUGGAAGCUUGAAGAUUUUUAACCUCACCAAAGCAGAUGCUGGGAGUUAUACAUGUACUGCCACCAAUCACUUCGGAACUGCCAGCAGCACUGGAACCCUAGUGGUGAAGGAUCCCACACAGGUUUUGGUACCUCCUUCAAGCAUGGAUGUCACAGUAGGAGAGAGCAUCGUACUGCCUUGUCAGGUCUCCCAUGACCAUUCCCUGGACAUUUCUUUCUCCUGGGUCUUCAAUGGACAACUUAUUGACUUCCAAAAAGAUGGGGAACAUUUUGAACGAGUAGGAGGACAAGACUCUGCCGGUGACUUAAUGAUAAGAAGCAUCCAACUGAAGCAUGCUGGGAAAUACAUCUGCCUGGUCCACACCAGUGUAGAUAAGCUGUCUGCAGGAGCUGAUCUCAUUGUCAGAGGACCCCCAGGACCACCAGAUGCUCUCACAGUGGAGGAAAUCACAGACACCACUGCUCAGUUAUCCUGGAUGCCAGGAGUUGACAAUCACAGCCCCAUCACCAUGUAUGUCGUACAGGCUCGGACACCUUUCUCUGUGGGCUGGCAAGCAGUCAGUACAGUGCCUGAGAUUGUGGAUGGACGAUCCUUUACAGCCACUGUGGUUGGUUUGAGUCCAUGGGUUGAGUACGAGUUUCGUGUCAUUGCUAUCAACCAGAUUGGUAUCGGAGAGCCCAGCCCCCCAUCUGACAAAAGAAGAACAGAAGAAGCUCUUCCUGAGGUGACACCGGCAAAUGUCAGUGGCGGUGGAGGGAGUAAGAGUGAACUGGUCAUCACAUGGGAGCCUGUACCAGAAGAAUUCCAGAAUGGCGGAGGGUUUGGCUAUGUUGUAGCAUUUCGGCCUUUUGGAACAAUAAGCUGGAUGCAGACAGUUGUGGCAUCAGCAGAUUCCUCGCGCUACAUUUACAGGAAUGAGAGUCUGCCAUCUUUCUCUCCUUAUGAGGUGAAGGUUGGAGUGUUCAACAAUAGAGGAGAGGGACCCUUCAGCCCCUUAACCGUGGUCUACACUGCAGAGGAAGAGCCAGGCCGGGCGCCUGCAGGUGUCUUUGCACGGAGUCUCACUGCAUGGGACAUUGAGGUUUCAUGGAUUGGAGUACCUGGAACUCUCAGCAAGGGAAGGAUACAGGGUUAUGAGGUUCGAUACUGGAAACAAAAUGAGAAAGAACAAAGUGCCCGGAAACUACGGACUCUUGGGAACCAAACCUCCACCAAACUGACCCAUCUACAAGGGCACACACUGUAUUACCUGAAUGUACGGGCAUACAACAGUGCAGGCACAGGCCCCGCUAGUCCUACAGUUAAUGUGACAACCAGAAAGCCACCUCCAAGUCAGCCACCAGGAAACAUUACAUGGAACUCCUCUAACUCCAAGAUCAUCCUGAACUGGGACCAAGUGACGGCACAGGAGGACGAGUCUGAGGUUAAAGGGUACAGAGUUUUCUAUCGGUGGAACCGACAGGGAGGGGCUGCCCUGAUUGAGACCAAUCAGACGUCUGUUGAGCUGUCAUUGCCAUAUGAUGAAGAUUACAUCAUCGAGAUCCGACCAAUCAGCGAUGGAGGAGAAGGCAGCAGCAGCGAGCCGAUCCGUAUCCCUCGGAUAUCCAAUGCCUUUGCGCAAGGAUCAGGUGCUUCCACGUCAAACGCCUGCACCUUAUCCGCCAUAAGCACCUUAAUGAUCUCCCUCACUGCGCGCUCCAGCUUAUGACCUCGAGCUUCAAAGACUCCCAGAGACUCACAUCUUACUCUUGGAUGGUGGACCAGGAAUAUCCUCCACACAUGAUGGCUCCUUAUGGAAUAUCCUGAGAUUGCCCUCAGCUUUUGAGCUUCCUCCUCUCCCUACGGGGAGGAUUUUAUGCACUGACGACAUCUGGAAUAUGAUGUUACCAAAGCAGUUUACAUGCCGUAUAUGCAUAUUUUUUAUUCUUAAUAUCUAGUGUUUUAUAGAGUUUUUUAAGGUUAACAUGAUGUAGAUAUCUACGUUUUUUGCUGUAAAAUGCUGCAGGUGUCUCAUACAAGUUUCUUCUCUCCUUCCUUAAUGACCCAGGACUAGAAUAUUUUAUAUGCUGUCUCUUUAUAUUUCACGUCUCCUGAACAUGCCCAUAACUGAGGCUUUGUGACCAUAAAGCAAUGCCUGGCCCUGAGCCUUGUCACGGGUCAGACCUAGUGGGCUGCUGAACAUUGUGAAAUGUUGGUAAAAAUGGUGUCUCCUAAGAAAAAGGGUAAAAAUUGACAUUUAUAGCUAGUUACAUAAUAAACGAGGACCAUGAAUGGAGAACCCUUAGUGUCAGCCAUUCCAUCACUUUGGCUACACAAGGUAAAAAUUUUCAUUUACCUGAGAAUGUUUUUAGUUUUUCAAAUAAGUGCCCAGUUUCUGUAACUUGAUAAAUGGAAGAGACAGGGAGCAAAGGUCUGAAUAAGUGGCAGACAAACAUAAUAGACUAUGAUGGGGUAAUAGAUGUUCUCAUCUUGGUGGACAGAGGGGUUAGAGUCCCUCAUGACAAUCUGUUUAUGGUUGUAGUCUUACUAUGUCUACAGUAUGGAUAGUGGUUAUUGUUUCUGGAUUCUCUUUGGUUGAAUAAUGAUUAUAGAUUCAAAUUAUAGAUGCUGGGAAGUGUUCCUGGUCUCUUAUAGAAUAGGGGUCCUUUUUAAGUUGGGGUUAUAAAUAUAUAUUACAAAAAGAGAUGGUCUCUUAAAGUAAGAAGAUCAAUUUCUAAUCAACAUUAAUGAGGUAUCAAUUGGUUAUCAUAAAUGGCUGGUUAAGAUACUGAUCCUUUAAAUAGAGUACGUAACAUUUGCUUAUGAAUUGAGAAUAGGUUGAUCUUCUGUACUCAUCUUGAUCAUAGUUUGUAGCAGAUGUUAUGGAUCCCAUUUCGAAAAUUAAUACUAUUCAUAUCUAGACAGUAAUGAGAGGUUUUGGGUAUGGAUGGUGGAAUAAGUUACCCAUCCCAUAUAGAAAGUAGAUCCUCUUCUGUUUUAGGCAAUAAGUAAAUGUUAUCAUGAAUGGUGGCAAGAGUGCCUAACAUCUUGUAGAAGGUCAGUCCUUGUGAUCGGAAUAAUAAGUAGAUAUUUAAAAUAUUGGAAACGGGAAAAGUUCCCAUAAGGUAAGAUCUCUAUCUCUGAGUAGGUAUUCUCAUUUAUAGAUAGUAAUGAUCACCUGGGGAAGAUCAGUCCUCUUCUGUCUUGGAUGCUGUAAUAAGAAGUUCUUAUAGAAGGUGAAUGUACUUAAUGUGCAUAGUGAGAACUACUUCUGAGAUUCACAGACACUGAAAUCCUGUAACUAAAUAGACAUUCUGGAGAACAUGUUAAUAAUUAGAAAUACUCAUAUUUCAUGACCUAUGAACAGAGAUUGUAGCUUUAUUGGGCAAAGUUAUAAAGAUUGGGAACAAGGGUUCAACUCAUAGCACUGACAAUGAGAAAAGUUUUUAAAGAUUGACAGGGCCUCUAUGAUAAGCGUUGGUCAUCUGCAGUCCUGACCAGCCACGUUAUCCAUAGUCAAUGGCAUUACUAUUAGCUACAUUCAGCACUGUAUGUUAGGUUUGGGCACCGCUUGACUCAUGUGGAGAGCAGUUUAUGUUUUAUGAUUAAAAAAAAGUGACCUGCCUACAAAGAGACAAUGGAGUUGGAGCCUCCAGUAUGUUUAUAGAAUACCUAAAGUUAUGAAUGUUCUUAAAUAUCCAAGUGAAAAAAUAACCUAUAAAUAUAUAUAUAUAUAUAUAUUGCAGAGAGUUGUAUAAAGCUUCUUACAGAGGCUACGAUGUAUGAUAUAUCUAGAAUGUUCUCAUAGGAUACCUAGAACUUAAACAAAAAUGACUGUACCUAGAUCUUCAUUUUAGUAACCACACAAAGAGGGUGAAAGUGUAAUAAUGAGAGUGCCUGGUCAGCCCAUUGAUACCAUUUCAUAUCAUCAAUUUAAAGAACACUGAAAACUCAGGGUCUUUUGUUAUGAGCAUAAGAAGUACUGGGAAUGUGUGGAGCCAAGUGGCAGCUGCAUUUAUUCCCAUCGGCACCAUUAUCAUUGUUUCAUCUGCUAUGAUCUAGAUCUAGGUGCAGGGUAAUUGUAAGAUGAUAAGUGGCCCGGAAUAGGAAUUAUUAUUAUUUUUUUUUACUAUUGUUUAGGUUACAAUUGCAGGUGGUUGUAUAAAAGUGGCUUAGUUGUGGUUUCCUAAGCUCAACCUAAUCCCCUCCAUAAAGUUUACGAAGAACCAAACAUAUCAUGAGACACGGUAUCCAUGAGAAUUGUGUUAUUACACCUGUAGAAGACAGCCAGGAUCAUGAGCAUAGGGCCCCUGUUCCUUUAGUAAAUUACCAUCAAAAGGGUUAAAGGAGUAACUGGAUCAAAGGUUUAUGAACGUUGAUUGGUGACGCUUAUGCAAAAUGGCGCAUACUUCAUUUUUAAAUUGCACUUAAAGGUUCAUCUGUUUGCUACUGACAGCAAUGCCUAUAGGAUUUUCAAAGAUCCUUGACUGGAUGGUAGAAUAAUUUUGAAGCAACAAUUACCGGCCAAGGUCCAUUAAUAGCAAUUCACUUUUUCUUUUUAGUGAUUUAUAAGAUGUUCUUAUGUUCAUUGGAAGAUAUUAAUAAACUGGUUGGUUGCCUUCACUGAACUGCGGAAAGAGAUGUCCGUGAGCAAUGGCCCCAUUACACACAGCAGUGGAGGCAGACACAUUUUUGGGAACUUUGGUUCAAAAUGGCUCCCUCUUCUGUAUAACAGAUGUAUAACAAUGCAUUCGGGAAGUCUACAGACCAUUUAACUUUUUCACAUUUUGUUUGUGGUCUUGUGCUAAAAGGAAAAUAAAAUUAAAAGUUUUCCCUCAUCAUUUUGUACUCAAUACCCCAUAAUAAAAACAGAUUUUACAGAUGUUUGCAAAUGUAUUAAAAAGGAAAAAUGAAUAUGUUGCAUGUACAUAAGUAUUCAGACACUUAAGGGGGUACUCCAGCACUAAGACAUUUUAUCCCCUAUCCAAAGGAUAGGGGAUAAGAUGCCUGAUCGCGGGGGUCCUGCCGCUGGGGACCCCCGUGAUCUUCCACGCCGCAUUCCGUUAGAAUCAGCCCCCGGAGCGUGCUGCUCCGAGUCUGAUUACUUGCGAUCACGGGGACGGAGCAUAGUAACGUCAC